CAUUUUGAAUCGACGGAGCAGAAGGAGGGAAGAAGUCUGAGGCAGACUGACUGAAGUCCAGAAGAUGAAUGAUGUGGAGGAAGACGAGGACAGAGCAGAGUCUCCAGUCCCCAGCUGUUGGUCUAUGAAGAGUGACCGGUCCAAAGAAGAACCUCUAAACUUCAGUAAUGAACCUGAACCUUCACACACACAAGGUGAGUCCUACAGACGGAGAGCAGAGUCUCCAGUCCCCAGCUGUUGGUCUAUGAAGAGUGACCGGUCCAGAGAUCCUCCUCUGUUCUUCAGGAAUGAACCUGGACCUUCACACACACAGCUGAAGAGGAGGAGCCAUGUCUCUGUGUCCAGCUGUGCUCUGUGUCAGGACGUCCUGAAGGAUCCAGUCUCUACCAGCUGUGGACACUGGUUCUGCAGACAGUGCAUCACCUCAUACUGGGACCAGUCUGGUUCUUCAGGAGACUCCUCCUGUCCCCAGUGUGGAAAAAGACCCAGAACAAGACCUGGACUGCAGACAGCCAGUCAGACCAGCACUGAACAAACAGAUAGUGGUCUGCAGGAGGUUUUACAUCAACAUAAGAUCAGUCUGAGGAGCAGAUGUGAACAUGUGACUGAAGGAACUGACGGAACAGGAAGUGGAACCUUCCUCAACAGGAUCUACACUGAGCUCCACAUCACAGAGGGACAGAGUGAAGAGGUUAAUACCCAACAUGAGGUGAGGCAGCUGGAGACAACUUCCAAGAUGGAGACCCUCCAUGACGCUCCAAUCAGGUGCCACGACAUCUUUAAAGCCUUACCUGACCAGCAGAGACCCAUCAGAGUGGUUCUGACCAACGGCGUCGCUGGCGUUGGAAAAACCUUCUCGGUGCAGAAGUUCUCCCUGGACUGGGCAGAGGGCUUGGAGAACCAAGAUGUCAGUCUGCUGGUUCUGCUUUCGUUCAGGGAGCUGAACCUGAUCAGAGAUCAGCGGUACAGUCUUCUCAGGCUGCUCCAUGUUUUCCAUCCAACAUUACAGAAGGUCACAGCAGAGCAGCUCGCUGUCUGUAAAGUUCUGUUCAUCUUUGACGGCCUGGAUGAAAGCAGACUGUCACUGGAUUUCAACAACAGGAAGUCUGUGUGUGAUGUCACACAGGAGUCAUCAGUCAACGUGCUGCUGACAAACCUCAUCAGGGGGAAGCUGCUUCCCUCGGCUCUCGUCUGGAUAACUUCCAGACCUGCGGCGGCCAAUCAGAUCCCUCCUACAUGUGUGGACAGGGUAACAGAAGUACGAGGCUUCACUGACGCCCAGAAGGAGGAGUACUUCAGGAGGAGAUCCAGUGAUGAAGAGCUGUCCAGCAGAAUCAUCUCACACAUCAAGACGUCCAGGAGCCUCCACAUCAUGUGUCAAGUCCCAGUCUUCUGCUGGAUCACUGCUACAGUUCUGGAGCACAUGUUGACCACAGACCAGAGAGGAGAGCUGCCCCAGACCCUGACUGACCUGUUCUCACACUUCCUGCUGGUUCAGACACAGAGGAAGAAGAACAAGUACCAUGAGGGACGUGAGACGAGUCCACAGGAGCUGACGGAGGCUGACGGGGAAGUUCUUCUGAAGCUGGGGAGGCUGGCGUUUGAACAUCUGGAGAAAGGAAACAUCAUGUUCUACCAAGAAGACCUGGAGCAGUGUGGUCUUGAUGUCACAGAGGCCUCGGUGUACUCAGGACUUUGUACUGAGAUCUUCAGAAGAGAGAGUGUGAUCUUCCAGAAAACAGUCUACUGCUUUGUUCAUCUGAGCGUUCAGGAGUUUCUGGCUGCAGUCUACAUGUUCCACUGUUACACCAACAGGAAGACAGAGGUCCUGGAGAACUUCCUGAGGAAAAAACAUCUUGAUUUAACCCUGGAAAAGUUCCUGUGGGCAGCCAUGGAGAAAUCCCUUGAAAGUAAAAAUGGUCACCUGGACCUGUUUGUUCGCUUCCUUCAUGGCCUCUCUCUGGAGUCCAACCAGAGACUCUUAGGAGGUCUGCUGGGUCAGACAGAGAACAGUCCAGAAACCAUCCAGAGAGCCAUCACCAACCUGAAGAGGAAGAGGAAAAUAACCUCUCCUGACAGAACCAUCAACAUCUUCCACUGUCUGAUGGAGAUGAAGGAUCACUCAGUUCAUCAGGAGAUCCAAGAGUUCCUGAAGUCAGAAAACAGAUCAGAGAAGAAACUCUCUGUGAUCCACUGCUCAGCUCUGGCCUACAUGCUGCAGAUGUCAGAGGAGGUUCUGGAUGAGUUGGACCUGGAGAAGUUCAACACAUCAGAGGAGGGACAACUGAGACUGAUCCCAGCUGUGAGGAACUGCAGGAAGGCUCGGUUUGCUGGUUGUGGACUCUCAGAGACUCACUGUGAAGUCGUGGCCUCAGCUCUGAAGUCCAACCCCUCCCACCUGAGACACCUGGACCUGAGUAACAACAAGCUGAAGGAUUCAGGAGUGAGGAUCCUGUCUGCUGGACUGGAGAGUCCAAACUGUGGACUGGAGACUCUGAGGUUGAAGAGCUGCAGUUUGUCAGAGAUCAGCUGUUCUUCUCUGGCCUCAGCUCUGAAGUCCAACCCCUCCCACCUGAGAGAACUGGACCUGAGCUACAACUUCCUGCAGGAUCCAGAUGUGAAGCAGCUGCGUGGUUUUCUGGAGAGUCCAGACUGUGGACUGGAGACUCUGAGGUUGAGUGGCUGCAGGUUGACAGAGAUCAGCUGUUCUUCUCUGGCCUCAGCUCUGAAGUCCAACCCCUCCCACCUGAGAGAACUGGACCUGAGUGACAACAACCUGCAGGAUCCAGAUGUGAAGCAGCUGCGUGACCUUGUGGAGAGUCCAGACUGUGGACUGGAGACUCUGAGAUGGAAGAACUCUAGUUUGUCAGAGAUCAGCUGUUCUUCUCUGGCCUCAGCUCUGAAGUCCAACCCCUCCCACCUGAGACACCUGGACCUGAGUGAAAACGAGCUGCUGGAUCCAGAUGUGAAGCAGCUGUGUCGUUUUCUGGAGAGUCCAGACUGUGGACUGGAGACUCUGAGGUUGAAGAGCUGCAGUUUGUCAGAGAUCAGCUGUUCUUCUCUGACCUCAGCUCUGAAGUCCAACCCCUCCCACCUGAGAGACCUGCACCUGAGCUUCAACAAGCUGCAGGAUCCAGAUGUGAAGCAGCUGUGUGAUCUUCUGGAGAGUCCAGACUGUCGACUGGAGACUCUGGGGUUGAACUCCUGCAGUUUGUCAGAGAUCAGCUGUUCUUCUCUGGCCUCAGCUCUGAAGUCCAACCCCUCCCACCUGAGAGAACUGGACCUGAGCUACAACAAGGUGAAGGAUCCAGAUGUGAAGCAGCUGUGUGAUCUUCUGGAGAGUCCAGACUGUGGACUGGAGACUCUGAGGUUGAGGGGCUGCAGGUUGUCAGAGAUCAGCUGUUCUUCUCUGGCCUCAGCUCUGAAGUCCAACCCCUCCCACCUGAGAGAACUGGACCUGAGUGACAACAAGCUGCAGGAUCCAGAUGUGAAGCAGCUGUGUGGUUUUCUGGAGAGUCCAGACUGUGGACUGGAGACUCUGAGGUUGAGUCGCUGCAGUUUGUCAGAGAUCAGCUGUUCUUCUCUGACCUCAGCUCUGAAGUCCAACCCCUCCCACCUGAGAGAACUGGACCUGAGUGGAAACAAGCUGCAGGAUCCAGAUGUGAAGCAGCUGUGUGGUUUUCUGGAGAGUCCAGACUGUGGACUGGAGACUCUGAGGUUGGAGCACUGCAGUUUGUCAGAGAUCAGCUGUUCUUCUCUGGCCUCAGCUCUGAAGUCCAACCCCUCCCACCUGAGAGAACUGGACCUGAGUAACAACAAGCUGAAGGAUCCAGAUGUGAAGCAGCUGUGUGAUCUUAAGGAGAGUCCAGACUGUCGACUGGAGACUCUGAGAUGGAAGUGGUGGUGAUCGUCCUCUCUGACGGAGGAAUCAGAAGAAGUGGAGAUGACUCUCAAUGCUGCAGUCUGAACUGAUCUGAGAACAGCUCCACCAUCAUCCCUGUGACUCCUCCACCUUCCACCUGCACCAGAGUCUCAGUCUCAGGAGGUUUCGGUUCUGCUUCUUCUUCUAAUGAUAUUUGAUUGUUUCUUGUAUAGGACAAGUAACAACAAAGGGACUGAUUAACACAAAGGUGUGAAUCCUGGCCUGUCUGUGCCAUGCAUGAACACACACACACACACACACACACACACACACACACACACACACACACACACACCAACCUCCCUUCCUCUGCCCCUCUCUAGAUAAGAGUCAUAAACUACAACCCUCAUUCCAGUCCUGGGUAGUGACCAGCAGAACUCUCUUCAGACGCAGAUAUAAGGAAGAAUAUAUAAUUAAAUAUCUAACUGUUCUGUAACUCAUGAGAUUUUCCUAUGUAAUAGUUUAAUCCCAAACUUCUAUCCCAUAAAAUGUUUGAAAUGUAACAUGUAGAUUUUAAAACAAUGUCCUUCAUGCGACCAGACUGUCAGCAUGUUUAUAUUGUUGUUUGAUCAGUUAACCAGUUCUAUCAUGAUGAAUUCCAGGUUUGAAGGAUGUAAUAUGAAAUCAACACUCCUAUUACUCCUGUUUGUCAUUGCCCUUAGUUUUAUAUGUUAUUUCAUUUAAUGUUUUGUGGUCAUGGUGGAAGACGGAUGUGCGAGUUUAUAAGUAAACUAUAGAAUAAAAUUAUCCCAAAGUUCAGUGGGAAAUUACUCUCUUCUCCAAGUGGAAACACAGGAGAAGACGGGUGACGCCCCUGAAGCAUGCGCCAGCCCCCAGGGGAUAAAACAGUUGUGAUCAAUUCAGUCAGAAAUCAGAAGUCAGAGAAAAGAGAAAAGAUGCUAAGAAGGAAGAAGAUGCGAGAAGCUAGAAAACGAUGCAGAAACUAGAAGCUGAGAUCUUUGCUCAAAGCUCAGAGUCCCGGCUCAAAGCCCGACUCUGUAGCCAUGGAAACUCUUAGCUCUAAGCUGCUCGCCACAAACUCAUGGCUCUUAGUCAUUUUUGCACUUUUCGCAUCUUUUAUUUUUCUUUGCCACAAGCUCCACGUGACAUCAUUUUUAUCUACAUGUGCGAUCUUUUAUCUUUAUAAGCCAAAUCAAGACCAACUGAACCAAAGCAACAGAAGUGCCUCAGAGUAAUUUUGUAACUUUUAAUCAUCAUCAAGUUUCCCUUUUUGAAGAUUUUGACAUCUUUAGAGUCAUCUGGUCAAUGCCAGUCUCCUCUAAAGUUAUCUAGCGAAAGUGAAGAGCAUUAGAGUUUAUUUCGCAUCAACCCGCAAGAGACGCCGGCAGAUAACAUCUGCACGACCUCCUGCAGAGAAGCCGAGCAGAAAUCAAGACAGAAAGUCUCCUGGCAAACUCCACCAGAGCUGAACCGCUGAGACACCGGCAGAAUCCGUCACUGUGAUAACAGGACACGGCCUCCAGGAGAUUCCACCUGGAUCCUGCGUCUCCAGGGUUACCACGGCAACCACAGCCACCUGGGUUCCAGCCGUGGGUCUCCAGCUACAGCGCAACUCACAGUAGGCCGGUCUUAACACUCUGCUCAUGACUGGGCUGAUGUCGAAAUAUAGCAAUAUUUAAUCAUCAAAUCUGAUCCGUAGGUGUGGCAUCAUUAGCUGUAUAACAUAUUCUCUCCCACCAUUGCCAACUCGUCACACUGCUCAUUUCAUUAUUACUUUCAUCUUCAUGAUUAUUACACCUUGCAUUUACUCUGUAGGUAGUAGUUUAGUUAAUAAACUCCUUUAUUUACACCCA